CUGUACGACAAAAGGCGCUGCAAAUGUCACGAUUGAUUCUGAAGUUUCGAACCGUACUAAAAUCCUAUGCACAAAUGCCACAACAAAGUGCAUCCAUGGGCCCCUUUCAGUGACAGCACUACACUCCUCCCCUUCUCAAGCCAUCCCAAGGAUCCCAUGCAUGAGGCCUCCUUCCAUCCUUACAAGUCAAUCCAUAUCUCAAUAGUUGUCACAUCCACAUCUCAAAGGCUGGUUUGGUUGGUGAGUUUUGUCCAAACACCCAACCUCCUCUUGACAUCUAUACCAAUCAGAUCAGAAGAGCAAAAGAGAAAGGGCAAGUAAAGCAAGCUAGGAGCAUAGAAUAGUAUGCCAAUCCUCUUGCUUCACUCCUCUCCUUCCUUCCUCCCUUCCCCCCUUUGAAAUCAACUUCCUACUCCUCCAAGUAACCUAGCUACCAUUUGCAGGCAUGCAAACAUGCAAUUGCCCUUGAGCUUCACACAAACAAGGUGGACAUGGAUAUAUAUAGAUAUAUGUAAUUAUGGAUUAAGCUUGCAAGCACUUGGUUAGUUGUCUGGUUCUUCCCAUGCAUGUGCACGAGCAGUUGAGCAUGAGGAUGGGGUGCCUCAGGCCUAGCGGUCGCCGGGGGUGCCGCCUCCUCCUCGGCGGCGAUAUGGCUGCCUUCUGCGCCUCGCUCGUCGAGGGGCUGGAGCACCUGGAGAGCACGAUGGAUACGGGCGGAGGCGGUGGCCAGGGAUCGGUGUCCAUGAGGUGGUGCACGGAUGCCAUGAGGCUGGUCAAGCGGAUGCAGCGCGAGAUGCUGGCCAUCUUCAGGAAGGCUGGCGUGCCGGUGGCUGUCGUCUCUUCCGCCUGCGGCGGCGGUGAAGGCGCCGCCGGCGGGGGGGAGUGGUUCGAGCACUACAUGCAGGAGACCGCGGCGCUACUGGACUUCUGCAACGCGUUCAAGGCCGCCGUGUCCCGGCUGCACCGCUACUGCAUGGUCGUCGACUUCGCCGCGCAGGUGGGCCGCGCCGCCGAGGGCGACGCAGCGGGCGCCGUCUCGCUCGUCGCGGAGAGCGCCGCGCCGUGCGCCGGGUGGGCGCCGGAGCCGGGCCAGGCCGCCCAGGCGUCGUCGGCCGCCUUCCGCGACAAACUGACGAGCGUGAAGGCGGCGGUGGCCGAGGCGGAGCGGCUAGGGAGGACGAUCAGCUCCGGCGCCGGCGGGGACGCCAGCGGCAUGGUCGUCAUCACGCUCGUCGCCAAGAUCACAACGUCCAUCCUGUCCAUGUUCGUGCUCCAGGCGCUUGCCUCCCCCUCCCCCCUCGACGCCGGUGGCAUCCGGCCAACUCUCGGCUGCGCCGCCGUCCCUGAGCUCGAGCCGUGGUGCGAGUCACUGUCACUGAUCCACGCCCGGUUCCCCAGCCGGGCGACCGUCGCGGAGCACGAGCAGGUGGCCAUGGCAGUCCAGGACCUGAUCAAUGGCAAGAAGGACGGUAGAGGACAGGGUGACCAGCCUGUGGAGCUGCUGAGAGCAAGGUCAGGUGAGCUCAGGGAAGGGGUGGACAUGUUCGACUGUGUUCUUGAUGAAGUGUUUGAUGAGGUGAUCAGGGGCAGGAAUGAGAUGCUGGGGAUCCUCAGGGACAAGGCUCUGACAUAACAAAUAAUGGGGUGAGUUUUUAGCUAAGCCUCUGGAAUUUAUUAAUUAUUGAUUAACCUUCUGCAGCUUGGAGGUUUUCAGUGUGUUUGAUGGAUCCUGAUUUGUUGGUCAGUUGCAUUUGUUUUGCAAAAGGGUGUAGAUAUGUGAAGAGUGUUGUCAUGUGUAUGUAGAUGUGAAGGUGAUUCUAUUUACAUUUUCUUUUGGUUUGUAACUUGUAUUGACAGUGUGUGACAAGAGAAAAUUCUUUGUAUGGACCAUCAAGUAAUUGUGAAAUCCCUCCUGAUGUCGGGUCGACAA